GAAAAGAACAAAUCACAAUCAUAUUAGAGGCCUGCAGCCCUCGCAGUUAACCUAGCUCCGGCCCACCAUUUCGAAAUGCGGCCCAUGACGAGCUCACCGUUACUCUCUCCAUCCCCGUCCCGUCUCCUCCGCCGCCUCUUCUCCCGUUCCCCUAGCCGCCGGAACCCUACGACCCCGCCGCCGCUUUCUCCACACCUCAGCCGCCGCCUCCCUCUCCCCCUAGCGGAAUCCAUGUCCACCGCUAGUACUAGGGCCCCCGACUCCGUCGUUGCCGAUUCCGACGCCGUCGCUCGCAAGGCCGCCGCCAUCCGCGCUGCCGGUGCAGCUAAGCUGCAGGUCAUCGCCGACUUCGACGGCACGCUCACUCGGUACUGGUACGACGGCUCCCGCGGCCAGACUAGCCAUGGGCUGCUGAAACAGGGUAACGAAGAGUUCGACGCCAAGAGGGACGCGCUGUUUGAGCACUACCACCCCAUCGAGAUCAACCCCGACAUUCCACUGCCCGAGAAGGCCAAACUCAUGGAAGAAUGGUGGGGGAAAACUCAUGGUCUCCUUAUUGAAGGGGGACUGACACAUGAAGCUAUAAAGAAGUCCGUGGCUGAUGCCUCAAUUGCUUUUCGAGAGGGAGUAGUGGAGCUCUUUGAGUUCUUGGAGGAUAGAGACAUUCCAGUAUUAGUAUUUUCUGCUGGACUUGCAGACAUAAUUGAGGAGGUCUUCCGGCAGAAACUCCACAGAUCGUUCAAGAACAUCAAGAUUGUGUCCAAUAGGAUGGCCUUUAAUGAAGAAGGCCGUCUUGUAGCGUUUAAAGGGAAGACAAUCCACGUUCUAAACAAAAAUGAACAUUCCUUGGACAUGGCAGCCCCGGUGCAGGGUAAUCUGGGGGAUCCAAAUGGAUCUACCGAUGACUAUUCAUUAGUGAAAAAGAGGACCAAUGUGCUGCUACUUGGAGAUCACAUCGGAGACCUGGGCAUGUCUGAUGGAUUGAACUAUGAGAACAGGAUAGCUGCUGGAUUCCUGAAUACCAACAUUGAGAAAUCUCUGAAAGAUUACUCCGAGGCAUUUGACAUCGUCUAUUUGAAUGAUGCUUCAAUGUGGGGGGUUGUUGACCUUGUAUCUGAUCUAUUCCCUAAAUCGAAUGUUCUUUAGCUCAACUUAGCAGCUAUCAGUCUUGCUUGCUCUGAAAUCUGGGGACUUUUAUACCCACAACUUGCUAACCUGCUAAGGUUGCUUCAUGAGAGGCAGCAUUUGUACAGCAAGGCCAGAAAGUCUUGUGAAUUGAUGAUUUUCAUUUACCUUUAAGCUUAUGCCACCUUCAUGUUCACCAUAACACUUGCGUGUCAUGAAAUAUCAAAAUUGUUCUCAGAAGGUUUUUGUUGUCA